AUUUUUGAUUUUUGAGUCACCAACAAUACAAUGGAGGAAAAGGGUUGUGUGAAAAACACAAGACAAGACUGAAAAACAUGAUGACAGACGAGGAACUGAUACAGAAGCUUCAAGACUUAACCAACAACGCCCAACAUCACCAGUUGGACACUCUCCGUUCAAUCCUUCUUCACAAUGGCACUGUACACUAUCUACAAUCCAAAGGGAACCAUCUUCUUCCUCUCGAUCCUGCCACUUACACACGUGUCAUUCCAUUGUCUUCCUACCAAGACUAUGUUGAGUGUAUCAACCAGAUGGCCGAUGGCAAAGACGACCCUUUUCUCUCUGUUGAUCCUCUCCUCUGCUUCUUCUACAGCUCUGGAACAAGCUCGAGCUCCAUGAAACCUAAAUUGAUCCCUUACUUUGAUUCAACCCUUUCCAAAGCUGCCUCCUUUAUUGCUCACCGAGGCAGUGUUGCUGUUCUUCAAAGGCUAUUUCCUCCAAGGCCUGAAGUCAACAAGAUCCUAUAUUUUCUUUAUGCUGACAAUAUUACUACUACUAAAUGUGGCUUGAAGGUCAUGGCUGCUUCUACAUACCCUUUACAAAGUGGUAAGGCGACCCCUCAACAACUUGCUGCGCUUUCCAGUCCCCCAGAAGUGAUUCUUGGAUCUCAUGUUGAGCAUCAAAUGUACUGUCACCUUCUCUGUGGCCUUAGGAAUCGUGACUAUAUAGAUGGAAUUACAACCCCUUAUUCCAUAGGUUUGAUCAAAGCAUUUGGUCUUCUGAAGUCCAAGUGGGAGCAGCUGUGUGAUGAUCUUGAACGUGGGUUUCCGAGUGACGAAAUCUCAGAGGUGCCAAUGAGGGAAGCUGUAACUAAGUUACUUGGUGGACCUCAUCCAGAAUUGGCAGAUCAUAUAAGAUUAAUCUGCGAAGGUGAGAACUGGGGUGGAAUUGUGUAUAGAUUGUGGCCAAAUAUCCGUUAUAUAAAGUGUGUUACCACUGGAAGCAUGAAGCAGUACUACCAAAAGCUCAAGCAUUAUGCAGGAGAGGUACCUAUUUUAGGAGGAGAUUACUUUGCUUCAGAGUGCUGUGUGGGUAUAAAUUUAGACAUAAUGCAACCCCCCGAGACAACACAAUUUGUGAUACUUCCAAAUGCUGCUUAUUUUGAGUUUCUUCCAUUUAGCAUGGAUGAGGACAAUGAUGUUAGCAAAGAAACAGUGGACCUCAGCGCUGUAGAGGUUGGGAAGAUGUAUGAAGUGGUUGUUACAACUUAUAGAGGAUUUUAUCGCUACCGUUUGGGUGAUAUAGUGAGAGUUGUUGGUUUCUAUAAUUCAUCUCCACUUGUGGAAUAUGUGAUGAGAGCACCUAAAACUCCGGCUGAGAUUCUGACAGAGAGAGACUUAAUUUCAGCAGUUGAAAAUUUUCAACGUGCACUUAGUGGUGCUAUGAGAAUUGAGAUUGUUGAGUUUGCAAGUUUCUUGGACCAGGAGUCAAGGCCAAAGCAGUUGAAGGUAUUUAUAGAAGUCCAAGAGGAAUCUAGUUUUCUGGAGGAUAAACUGGAGGAAUCAGUUAUAACUUUUAGAAAUUGUAUUUCAUCUCUCGAGACUGGUUUGGGAGCUUUGUACAAGGUGCAGAGGGGUAAAGGUGAGCUGGGGAAGUUACUAAUAUUCAUCCUAAGGCAUGGAGCUUUUGAUCAGUUAUUAGCUUUAGCCAUCAAGAAUGGAGCAUCAGCUAGUCAAUAUAAACCCCCCAAGAUUAUUCGGAAUCAGGAAGUUGUCAAACUCCUGGAAAAAUUAGCUUUUGUAACAGUAUCAUUGGAUAGUUAA